CGUGUCUGCGGAGCGGCUGUAGCCUGUGAGCAGCCAGAUCAGGGACAGAGUCUCAGCCUCGCCGCCACCGCCGCCGCCGCCCAGAGACUGCCGAGCCGGGUCCGUGUGCCGCCACCCACUCCGGACACAGAAUAUCCAGUUAUGGAUAAAAAUGAGCUGGUGCAGAAGGCCAAGCUGGCCGAGCAGGCAGAGCGAUAUGAUGACAUGGCAGCCUGCAUGAAGUCUGUCACUGAGCAAGGAGCUGAGCUGUCGAAUGAGGAGAGGAACCUUCUCUCUGUUGCUUAUAAAAACGUUGUAGGAGCCCGUAGGUCAUCUUGGAGGGUCGUCUCAAGUAUUGAGCAGAAGACUGAAGGCGCUGAGAAAAAGCAGCAGAUGGCUCGAGAAUACAGAGAGAAGAUCGAGACUGAGCUUCGAGACAUCUGCAACGAUGUACUGUCUCUUUUGGAAAAGUUCUUGAUCCCUAAUGCUUCGCAACCAGAAAGCAAAGUCUUCUAUUUGAAAAUGAAGGGUGACUACUACCGUUACUUGGCCGAGGUUGCUGCUGGGGAUGACAAGAAAGGAAUUGUGGACCAGUCACAGCAAGCAUACCAAGAAGCAUUUGAAAUCAGCAAAAAGGAGAUGCAGCCAACACACCCCAUCAGACUGGGUCUGGCCCUCAACUUCUCUGUGUUCUACUACGAGAUCCUGAACUCCCCAGAGAAAGCCUGCUCUCUUGCAAAAACAGCUUUCGAUGAAGCCAUUGCUGAACUUGAUACAUUAAGUGAAGAGUCGUACAAAGACAGCACGCUAAUAAUGCAGUUACUGAGAGACAACCUGACAUUGUGGACAUCGGAUACCCAAGGAGACGAAGCAGAAGCAGGAGAAGGAGGGGAAAAUUAACCGGCCUU